CCCAACUUCCAGAACCAGAACGACGAUUCACCGGCUUCUUCUUUCGCUCGUUUACCUGCGCCUACCACUGCACGGCGUCGUUUCCAUUGGCUUCCACCGCCAUCGACGACCACUAUCACUGCAUAAUCGAAGCCAGCGAAGGCUGCCAUUCAUAGCUGUCAUACAUUGAAGCUACACUGAUUCCCGAAACAUGCCUCCGCCAAGCAAAGAGCCCUGCAAGAGAGAGGCUUGCGACAUUCAAGCUUGUCUCUCCAAGAACAACUUCAUGUCUCAAAGAUGCCUUCAAGUCAUUCAGAAGUUGGAGUCUUGUUGUGAGAAAUGCGAGUAUAAAUCAACACAUUGCGGUUCCCUUUCAGGACUUUUGAAGCAAAAGACUAAAGGAUAGCAGCUGUGUUCUAGUACUUUAAGAUUUCUUUUAAUUGAUGAGUGAUGACAUUGAUUACUUUAACUUUAGGGAUAUUUUUUAUUAGUUGUAUCGAUCAAAUACUUGUAAAUAAAUCAAACCAAUUAUGAAGAGACACGCAUGUGUAUGUCAGGCCAUUUUCCAAUAGGAACUUUCACAUACUUGUAUGCAUUAAUAUCAUUGGCAAGUAAAUUGCAGAGUGACAGGUUAUUUGUUAA